CUUAGGUGUAUGAUUCUAGAGUCUUCUACCAUGGUUAUAUAUUCAAGAGAUUGUAAGGAAUGAGAUUCAUUGAAUGAUAUAUACACCUUUUAAAGCUUGAAAAGCUUUCUUCUUCUUCCCUGGAUUGGAAACUCCUUGAAAUCCUUCUUGCAGGUUUGAUCUUCCGACGAUCCACUACAUCAGUUGGUAUCAGAGCUUGGAGCUUGUGAAGAUCGAUGAACUGCGGAAGAAGGUCGGCUGUCGACGACGUUCGAAGCCGUAGAACAAGGGCGGUCGACGAAGAUCGACGCCGAAUAAGAUGGGCGGUCGACGAAGAUCGCCACCGAAAGAGAUGGACGGUUGACGACGAUCGACGUCAUGAACCCCUUUGGGUAGCUCAAGUGAUUGCAUCACUUGAUCGAAUGGAUGAUUUAUGUGUUAAAUUCAUGCAUUCGGUGGAGAGAACUAUGAGCAGGUCGGCAACCAUACCGGCCUCGUCGCUCCUCUGUUCCUCCAACACGCACGAACAACCAACACAGCUCCAACGCGAUCCUUCGCUCGCUGAUUUCGAUUUCAUGGAAGAAAAUCAAUUCACCAUGUCCCGAGCAGAUCCGCCUUCAGAACCCACGCAUCCACCUUCGCUCCAGAUCCCAGUUCAAUCCCGCGAUUCCCUACCCGAUGAAACAACCGCCGCUACCACUGCUCAAGCCAAACCCGCUAGCCGCCAAAACUCCCAACCCCGACGACCUGCCGCCACUCCGACGUCGCCGACAGCAGCCGACCAGGCCUCCGCCGACCAGACUCCCGCACACAUCAUCCGCCGAUCGACUUCCGAGUCUCGCGUUUACCGAGAUCUGUCUCCGUUCGACUCACAGAAUCCAUUUCCGAUACCUUCUGAAGAGGGUUUCAGACGUCCGAAGCAGGACUACCAAUCAAGGAAGUCUCCAAAUACUAAACCCGAGCCUCCCCGUCUGACGCCUUGCUUGUUUCAAAGGAGUUUCGAAACCCAGGAGUUCUUCCCUGAGCCGAAGCGGCUCGGCUCUCUCUACGGCGAACUCGAAAAGCGUCUCCGGAUGCGAGGAAUCCAAGAGCCUGCCAGGGAUCUAGAGACUCUCAAGCAGACUCUCAAGCGUCUCCGGAUCGCACACCCAGCCUCCGAUUCGCCGACCCGACUUCUGCGCGAACUCGAUCUUUCACGACCAGAUUCCAGUUUUGCCGCCUGUUCCGAAUCCGUCGAAGGAGAUCGAUUCGCGGGACACCCUCUACCCCGUCAAAGGAGAUCUAUUGUCCAAAUGCAUGAUUUCAAUCCCGCCUCUGUUUUCUCUUGGGACCAGACAUCGGUUCACAACCGAUCAACUACAUCAAAGGAGAAGAAGCAGAAUGAGGAGCAGAAGCAAGAGCAAGUAGAAGAGGAAAAUGAUAACAAUAGCCACCAACCGGAGCAACAGAUAGAGGUUGUUGGGAGAUUUGAAAACCAGCCAGGGUCAGAGGUGGAAGAUGAUGAAACCCAUACCAGCAAAAGUGAUGAUAGAAUCAUCAAUCCUGACACAAGUCUAUCCUUUUUUGAUAACCAGUGGGAAAAUCCAAGAAAGAGCGGCGACAAUAGGCUACUUGAGACCCAGAAAAUCCACUCUCUGAAUGAGGGGUGGAAAGAGAAUGAAUACGAGCAGCAGCAGGUUGGAAUCAACAAUGGAGAUCCUAGCAAUGAGGCAAGAUUCGGUGGAUGUAUCUUUAGUCGAGAUAUAAUCACCAUGUCUUUUACACCAAAGGAUGAGCGUGAAGCUCAAGUUCUAUUUGAUUUCGAGAGAGGCAUUCGUGCAACAUCUGCAGUGAUGAGCUCCCAACAACUUCCAUUCCCCAACAAAGUUUUUGACUUCACCCAUUGUGCUAGGUGUCGUGUUCCAUGGCAUGCUGAUGGAGGCAUGCUUCUUCUUGAGCUCAAUUGGGUGCUGCGUCCUGGUGGAUAUUUCGUGUGGUUUGCCACACCAGUUUAUCAGAAACUAAAGGAAGAUUUAGAAAUAUGGAAGGCAAUGAGUUCUCUUACAAAAUCGAUGGGUUGGGAUCUUGUCACUAUCGAGAAGGACAAACUAAAGGGAGUUGCUACAGCAAUCUAUAGGAAACCCACAUCUAAUGAAUAUUAUGAAAACUAUAAUGUUGGUAUUGAAGAUGUCUUCAUUGCAGGUGUGCAAAUAAUCUUUGGGCAGCCCGACAAAGUUUAUCCAAUGCAAGGAUCACAAGGUGUUCGACGAAAUGUCACCGAAGGUUGGGAUCCCAAAUUUGUUGAGCCUGAAGAUGGAAAAAUGACAGAUGUAAAACAACUUUCAAGUCCUUCCUAUGAAAAAGUUGCAACAAAUAUUAAGAACAAAAUUUUCGAUCCGGGAGGAUUGCUAUCUUCCGUCAGACAAUGCGCCUCGACGGAGUCAGGCCUUUUGGACGCAAGGGGAGUAUGAUGUAGGAACAUCUUUAGUAUAAUAAAUCCUUAGGAAUAGUUUAUCCUUUAUUAGCUUAGGUGUAUGAUUCUAGAGUCUUCUUGAUGUAGGAACAUCUUUAAUAGAGUAAAUCCUUAGGAAUAGUUUAUCCUUUAUUAGCUUAGGUGUAUGAUUCUAGAGUCUUCUACCAUGGUUAUAUAUUCAAGAGAUUGUAAGGAAUGAGAUUCAUUGAAUGAUAUAUACACCUUUUAAAGCUUGAAAAGCUUUCUUCUUCUUCCCUGGAUUGGGAACUCCUUGAAAUCCUUCUUGCAGGUUUGAUCUUCCGACGAUCCACU